GCGAUACGUCUAAUUUGCAUCUCUUUUACGAAAAAGGGAUGCAAUCUAGACGUAGCCCAAAUGGCAUAACAGGCAACAGUGCUUUAUUUCCUAGGAAAAUUGCCAAUAUAGACGCACAGGGUUACCUUCCUCCUAGCAGACAACAGCCAUAUAGAAAGACACCAAGAGCCUGUCUCCCAAGGGGAAAGUAAUGAUAGCCCCAAGAAGAACUGUCUGUAAAAAACCUGCUAACUCCUCUACACUUGGGAUUUAAUUUUAAGGCCUUUUGAAAAUCGUAUUGCUCCUGCUAAAGGCAGCUGAACUGUCUUUCAAGGGGGCACUUCAAAGCCUUCCUCCCCUGUUGCAACUCUCCUUCAUUCCAAUGGUCGUGGCCUGGGUCAGCCGUUGCGAGUCCUGGCAAGCCCUCCACAGGGGAAGGAAGGAGCAGGCCUGACUCCGAGCUCUCACCAUGUCUCAGGUGGAAUUUGAGAAAGCUGCUGCUCUGCUCAGGCAAAUUAAGGACCCAAUCUCAGACCAAGAUAAACUGGAGAUUUCCAGUCUCUGCAAACAAGCCACAAUCAGGGACAUCAACAUCCCUUGCCCUUGUGCAACCGAUUUAAUAGGCAAAGCCAAAUGGGAGGCCUGGAAUGCACACAAGGGGAUGAGCAUGGCUGAUGCCAUGAAUUAUAUUGCAAAAGCUGAAGAGCUGAAAAAAAAAAAUACGGAGUGUAAAAUUACACAUUCAUGCAGCCACGUGCCAUUAGAAGGUCUUUUGACUCCACGUUGCUGCUAGGGAGUUUCCUCUCAUCCUCAGAGCAAUGUAGCUCAUGUCGCUGCUAAGCCAAUAAAACUCUAGUAAACAACAGAGUGGAUAUGACUGACAAAUUGUGCGUAGCGUGCAGCCUUUGAGAGUCUCUACAAGGUGGAAGUUUAGUUCGGGCUAAGGCUAGUCCAGUCAUUGUUUAUGAUUCCUGGUAACUCCUAGCAAUAUUUAAGAGGCUUAUUUUAACAAGCCUGUGUAUUUGUUUAAAGGCAUACCCUCCCUUGGAAAAAAUCACAGUACAGUCUGACAAUGUUGCACUUACUGUAGUUACAAGUGCUGCUCAAGCGCAUGGUACAUAAAGUAACUUGGACUGGUUUGUGUGCAGUUUACAGCAUACUGGACAGUUUCUCCAUUACUAACACAGGCUUGGAGAAAUCAGACCAACAAGAAAUCACAUUGCCAGAAUCCCUCCAACAACAUACGUAACCCUGGGAUGUGGAGAAGACAUGCUGCAGGCUUUGAGCUUAACAACUGACCCCUCCGUCAGCCUUUACAAGGUCAAAUAGUGGGCAGCCGUUAAUCCAGAAUAGGCCAGGAGUGAUCCGGACACAAUCUCUCCCUCUCCACUUUAAUUUUCUUUUAAACUUUCAGUGCUUCAGGUUCUGUGCUGAUGCUCAGUUCCUAAGGAAGCACAGCCGUUGGGCAAGCUCACGCAAAGCCACUCCAUGGCAAACCUUUGCUUUAGAAACUGUUCUGUUCCUCUCCCACGGGUGCCAGGGCAGAGGGAGGCGAGGGGGGGUUUGUUCCUACACACUUGCAAAUAAAAAUCGGAUGUUUGGGGCUCACUGAGAGGUCAGCAGCUCCCACUCCUCAUUUUGUGUUAAUUGCUACGUCAAGAUCACAAUGUCAUUAGAAUGAUGAGUUCCGGGAGCAAGACAGAGGAAUUCUGCACUGCCCAAGCUGCCAUUUGCUGGUACUUGCACUGCUAAAUCCAACACAAGAUCAGUUCCAAGUAUGUAACACGGGAAACCUUCCAUGCACCAUUUGCACAUGCAGCACAUCUGCUGUAAGAGGGCAGAACCACAGUGUCGGUCACUUUACAGCAGCAGGGAAUUUGGGUUGGGAGGAAGACAGCAGUUGGCUACUUUGCCUCUUCAGAUAUAAGGGGUCUCCUUCCCAGGAGCUGAAACUCAUCUACUGCAGGAGACAGAGCUGUCUUGUGGGCCAGUCCUGGUUGUGGAAUAAACCCACCUACUAAGGGCCAUGCCAAGCCCCCCCAUCUUCUGCCUCAAGUGCAAGCUGUAUUUCUUUUGUAGCAGAUACAUAGCAAGUUGGCAUCUCAUACAUCGUUUAAAAAAACCACACAAAACCCAAGUCACUGAAUCCCCGACUGCCCCCGCUGAGAUGAGGAAAGAAUAGACACGGCAAACAGUCACUUUGGGCACGACUGGCACGCAUUGAGGCCCAGAUCCUCAAAAGGCACCUAAUUCCCAUUGGUGUCAAGGGGAGUUGGGCACUUAAAAGGCCUUUGAGGAUCGGACCACAGACUAUAUGAAUGAGCAGGCUCUAUAACAAUAUAUAGAACAGUGAGCAGUUGCUGUUUGCAUUGGAUCACCACCCUGGGAGAGCUUUUCAUGGGGGGGGCGUUCAUUUUAUAAUCUGUGUAACUGGAGAGAGCAGGAGCCACACUUCACUGUAGGCAAAGCCCAAGUUCAUAAACAGCAGCCGUCUGUCUGAAAUAGGGACUUGCUCGGGGCCAUCGUUCAUGGCUUGGGCAUCUAGACACCAGCCCACGGCUCUGUAAUUUCCCCCAGGGCUGUGUGCAUUGACUGGCCGACAUCCAACCAUGUGAGACCAAAAGUGAGUGAGAUCACGUUAGAGUCAGAUCAUGUGCGUCUCUCAGAGCCUGUAGCUUUGUGCGUGGUCAGUGCAUCUUCCCAGCCCGUUCGCAUGAGUGGGGUGGCGUUUGAAGCAUUUCCAUCCAGGCAGAGCUUUUCAAGCGUCUGGCAGCACGUCCUGGCAGAGCUGGACAAGGGAUUUACCCCCCCACACACACCCCUUCAGGGAUGGACUGAGCCAGGCAUUCCUCAGCAUUAUGAGGUCAUCACAUGCAGCACCCAGGCUGUAACUCACCUGAACAAAGGGGGCGGGUUGAAUCUCUCCUGGCUUCACUUUGCAGGCGGGUACAGCAGGCGGCAAUUAGAGACUGCAAGCAGCGUAGAGGCUCAUUCAGUUUCAGAAUAGGCCAGGCAUUGGUUAGGGCAUCUAUUAAACCGUUACCAAUAAUUCAGACUUAACUGACAAACCAUUAAAAGUGAUUGGCUUCACUCCCGCCACAUGAAAGUGAUGCUGCAGCCUGGACACAGUGCACUGAUCCUAGUGACAAGGGCGACAUGAAGGGGCUUGAGGGGAACUAUUGCGAUUGUUUGAUUGGGUGACAGCUUUCCACAGUUAGCUUCCUCCUAGCUCAAAAGGGUCCUGGACACUCUCCCUUGAGAAGGCAGAUUAGGGCAAUAUCCAGCACAUGUUCAAAACAAAACUCUGUCAAACUGGGCUUUGAGAACCUCUCAGCAAACAGCAACUGAGACUCAGCCCUCCAGAGAUAAGUCUGAGCAUGUUAUUCCCAACCCUUCCUGUACAUUCACAGUCCACUUCAAUGUGAACAUUAGGAGCAAUGAUCAGUAUUAUGCAAAGGGUGCAGUCCAGGGAGGUUGGUGCAUUUUCACCUCACACUGGCUAUGUCUACACUGGCAUGAUUUUCCGGAAAUGCU